AUGAUUUAUUCUAAUUGGCUAAGUAAGCUGCAGUCAUUUGUUUUAGUCACCUCUUCACUUGUAAUUUUCGUUCUAUCGGACGUGCCGCGGCCUCGCGGCGUUUCUUUAUCGAAAGCAUCACUUUAUUCACCUUCAAAGGAUUUUACAUGUUUUGAUGGUACAAAUACGAUUCCAUUUAGCUACGUAAAUGAUGAUUAUUGCGAUUGCUUCGAUGGAAGUGAUGAACCCGGUACAUCGGCGUGUCUUAAUAGUGUUUUUCACUGCACAAACGCAGGACAUCGACCGCAAAAUAUUCCAAGUUCACGAGUGAAUGAUGGAAUUUGUGACUGUUGUGAUGGAACUGAUGAGUAUGCUGCACCCAACACGUGUUCUAACACUUGCGACGAGCUCGGGCGCGAAGCAAGGGCUCAAGCUCAACAAUUGGCUGAACUGCAUAAAGCGGGUAACUCUCUUAGACUAGAACUAAUCGAAAAAGGUAAUAUAAAACGCAGUGAAAUGGGAGAACAGUUAUCUCAAUUAGAAAAAGAUAAAAUAGAAGCUUUGAAAAUUAAGGAAGAGAAAGAAGCCUUAAAAAGUGAUAUAGAGGCAAAAGAAAAUGAAGCACUUAAAGUGUACAGAGAAGCGGAGGAAAAAGAAAAAGAAAGAAAAGCUGAGUUAGAAAAAGAAGAGCUUCUUAAAGAAGCAACAGAGCAAUUCAAUAAGUAUGAUUCUGAUAAUGAUGGCCUUCUCAGUGUAAAUGAAAUAAGAGUUGUUAAUGUAUUUGAUAAAAAUAAGGAUGGAGAAGUGGAUCAAGAAGAGAUUCAGUACUUCUUUGGAGACAGUGAAAAUGUUGAUAAAGAUACAUUUGUGUCAUCUGUAUGGUCUUUAUUGAAACCAUUGUUAAUGAUGGAAGAGGGUAUGUUCCGUCCAGAACAAGAUGAUCAAGAGGAGCAUGAUGAGGAGCUUCCUCAUGAAGAAGAACAACACGAACAAGAUCAAGAAGGUGAAGAAGAGACUGAAGACAAUGAACAGCAUGACCUUAACAUUGAUGAUCAAAUUAAUGAUCAAGCAAAGACUUAUGAUGAUGAAACGAAGAGAUUAAUGGAUGAAGCAUCAGAAGCUCGUAGACUAUACAAUGAUGCUGAGCGUGCUGUUAGAGAGAUUGAAUCCAAUAUAAGAACAAUCCAACAAAACUUAGAGAAGGAUUAUGGUUUAAACCAGGAAUACGCAACAAUGGAUGGAGAAUGUCUAGAACACGAAGACAAAGAGUAUGUAUACAGGCUUUGUUUGUUUGAUAGAGUUACACAAAAGUCAAGAAAUGGUGGUGGGGAAGUUGGAUUAGGGAACUGGGGAGAAUGGGGAGGAGAUGGUGACAACAAAUAUUCCAUUAUGAAAUAUACCAAUGGAGUAACAUGCUGGAAUGGACCAGCCCGAAUGACCACUGUUCAUAUCACCUGUGGCUUAGAAACAAAAUUAACAUCUGUAACUGAGCCUUAUCGCUGUGAAUAUAAAAUAGACUUAACUUCCCCAGCUGCCUGUGAUGAUUCACACUUCAUACAGCAACAACAAAAGAAGGAAUCACAUGACGAGUUGUAA